AUUAGUGCCAUCUCUUUUUAAUAAGUGCACACAUAAAAAAAUACAACUGAUUAAUGGCUGUCGUACUUUGACAUUUCGACGUAUUUCUGAAAAUGUUUGAAUUACUUUGGGGUGUAUGUUGAGUUUUCAUGAAUUAAACAUAGUAGUAAAAUGUGAUUGAGGUAGAAUAUUUAAUUGUACAAGAAAUUUGGAUUAAUAUACUCUCAAAAACCAAAGAUAAAAGAUUCUUAAUAAUUCCUAGUCAAUCCAAUCAAAUUUUCAUUACAAAUUUAGUUUUUCUUUUAAAUUUGUGCUAAACUAUUUUUGAUAUAAAACUGUAUGUGAAUGAUUUUAUUUUUCACUAACAGUGUUAUAUUUGAUACGUUAGUGUGUGAGCUUACAAAUAAACACCUUUACGCAAAAUAGAAUUAAAAAAAAUAAUAAUUAAAAAGUUUUCAAAAAUAUUUAUUAUUGUUUCCUGUUACGUGCGUACUGUGCAUCAGUUCAUGGAACUGUUACAUCGAUCAAUGUGUGUGAGUGGGUUUAGUGAUUUAAAAAACAUAUGACAUGGCUCUUUAAGUUGAUCUUGGAAGUAAGAAAAUUGAAUUAAAAUGGUUACAAUGAAUUCUUCUGAAAAGGCGCAGAAAGCCUGUCAGCAAGGCCCGUCCAGGGACACCACGAAAAGCACCAAAGAUGACAAAGAUAAGAAGGACAAAGAUACGAUGAUAGCCAACCUGCCUCCGAGCGUUCAGGCGCUGAUGUCAACUAUACCCUCGCCGGAGGAGUCGCCCAACUACCUCGUCUAUAAAAAGAUGGAGGCUAUCAUAGAAAAGAUGCAAGAUGAGACGACUGGUGUCCCUGUUCGUACUGUGAAGAGUUUCAUGACGAAGAUACCAUCGGUGUUCACCGGCUCCGAUCUCGUGUCCUGGCUGAGCCGACACCUGAGCCUCGAGGAAAGCUGGGAGUCCCUUCACCUGGCACACCUGCUGGCCGCCCACGGGUACCUGUUCCCCAUUGACGACCACUGUCUCACCGUCCGUAACGACAAUACAUAUUAUCGAUUUCAGACACCGUACUUUUGGCCGUCGAAUCAGUGGGAGCCGGAGAAUACUGACUACGCGGUCUACCUCUGCAAGCGUACGAUGCAGAACAAGGCUCGCCUGGAGUUAGCCGACUAUGAGGCGGAGUCGCUCGCGAGAUUGCAGAAGAUGUUCAGCAGGAAGUGGGAGUUCAUAUUCAUGCAGGCGGAGGCGCAGAGUAAGGUGGACAAGAAACGAGAUAAGCUGGAAAGGAAAGUUCUAGAUAGUCAGGAGAGGGCGUUCUGGGAUGUGCAUCGUCCGAUGCCGGGUUGCGUGAACACAACAGAAAUGGAUCCGAAGAAGCUCUCCAGGAUCAACGCUAUCAAGGCGAAGAGACUACGUCAGUGCCAGGAAUUGAUAUUACAGCAUAAUUUAAAGAAUAAUCCAAUAGUGACAAUAACAAAUGCUCAAGAAAGCGAAGAGGCGAUACAGAAGAAUAUUGAGAAGAAUAAUGAAAGUUCUAUCAAAGAGAACGGCGAGACCUCCCAGACACAACCAGAGACAAUAGAAGUCGAGAAGACCAUAGAGCAGCAAAUAGAGGCGGCAAAGAGACAGCUCUCGGUAUUGAAGGCUCGUAUGGAGAGAAGAAACGUUCGAGUCAGCAAAGUAGCCGAGAUGUUUAUAUCUUACUGUGAGCAGUACUCUGAAUAUGAUGCAUUUCUAACACCACCCGAAUGGCCGAACCCCUGGAUAAGUGAUACGACGGAACUUUGGGACCAGGAGAAACAGUGUAAGGAGCCGUUGCCAUUACGUCGUGUCCGGCGCUGGUCCUUCGGUCUCCGGGAACUGCUCCGAGACCCUCCGGGUAGGGAGCACUUCGCCAAGUUCCUCAGCAAGGAGUUCAGUGGGGAGAAUCUCAAAUUCUGGCUGGCGGUUCAAGAGUUGAAGGCGUUGCCGAUUCGAAGAGUGUCGUCGCGCGCCAAGGAGAUAUGGAAGGAGUUCUUCGCGGCGGAGGCGCCGUCUCCUGUUAACAUCGACGCUGCUAGCAGAGAAUUGACUAGAACGAAAGUGGAGUCGGGCACAGCGGAUAGGUACUGCUUCGAUCAAGCGCAGGCGCACGUGUAUCAUCUCAUGAAGUCAGAUAGUUACUCCAGAUACCUCAGGUCGGAGAUGUACAAGGAUUAUUUGAAUGGGUCCAAGAAGAAGACAUCAGUUAAAGGGAUACGAUCGAUCGUCUCGUUUACCGGCAGGAAGGAAACAUCGGCUAACUGAAGCUAUACAUCGCUGGAACACGAUCGAAAUCGGUAAACGUACGGUACGAUUCGAGAUUCGAUUUUUGAAAUUGAGUUGAAUUUGGAAUUUAAAAAGAAUAAAAUUUUAAACCAAAUAGUAAUUACAAGUUUAGUAGUAAUAUUUUGUUAUAUUA